AUCCCAGGAUUCCCGACUCCCAGUUUCCUGCCCUCCCCUCCCAGCUCCCGGCGUCUGAGGGAGCGGCAAGAUGGCGGACGGUGACGGCCUGGGUGAAGUCGCGACUACUGCGGCCUCUUCUCCUGUACCUACUCCCGGCCUGAGCCCGCCGCUGGGCUGGAGGGAGCGGCUGCGGGCAGGGCUGGCAGGGACUGGGGCCUCGCUGUGGUUCGUGGCGGGGCUGGGGCUGCUUUAUGCUCUGAGAGUCCCACUGAGGCUGUGUGAGAAUUUGGCAGCGGUGACAGUAUUUUUAAAUUCAUUGACACCCAAAUUCUAUGUGGCCCUUACAGGGACAUCUUCUUUGAUAUCAGGACUAAUAUUUGUAUUUGAAUGGUGGUACUUCCAUAAGCAUGGCACAUCUUUUAUUGAGCAAGUAUCUGUAAACCAUUUGCGACCACUGAUGGGAGGAACAGAAAGCAUUUCAGAGCCAGGUUCUCCUUCCAGGAACAGAGAGAGUGAAACUAGCAGACACAAUUUGUCAGAAUGCAAGGUAUGGAGAAACCCUCUAAAUCUUUUCAGAGGAGCAGAAUAUAGGAGAUACACUUGGGUGACUGGUAAAGAGCCACUUACAUACUAUGACAUGAAUUUGUCAGCUCAGGACCAUCAGACCUUUUUCACCUGUGACACGGACUUUUUACGUCCUUCAGACACAGUUAUGCAGAAGGCAUGGAGGGAAAGAAAUCCUCCAGCUCGAAUCAAAGCAGCCUAUCAAGCUUUAGAAUUAAACAAUGACUGUGCCACUGCAUAUGUUCUACUGGCUGAGGAAGAAGCAACAACUAUUGUAGAUGCCGAAAGGUUAUUUAAACAGGCACUCAAGGCAGGAGAAACAAUUUAUAGGCGGUCACAGCAGUGCCAGCACCAAAGUCCUCAGCAUGAAGCUCAACUGAGGAGAGAUACCAACGUACUGGUAUAUAUUAAAAGAAGAUUGGCAAUGUGUGCAAGAAAAUUAGGAAGAAUAAGAGAGGCAGUAAAAAUAAUGAGAGAUUUGAUGAAAGAAUUUCCUCCUCUUACCAUGUUGAACAUCCAUGAAAAUCUCCUAGAAUCACUUUUAGAAUUACAAGCCUAUGCAGAUGUUCAGGCAGUCCUAGCAAAAUAUGAUGAUAUAAGCCUUCCAAAGUCAGCAGCAAUCUGUUAUACAGCAGCACUAUUGAAGACAAGAACUGUUUCAGAUAAAUUCUCUCCAGAAACAGCCUCCAGAAGAGGGUUAAGCACAGCAGAAAUUAAUGCUGUGGAAGCAAUUCACAGAGCUGUGGAAUUUAAUCCUCAUGUUCCAAAAUAUUUACUAGAGAUGAAAAGUCUAAUUUUACCUCCAGAACACAUUCUGAAACGGGGUGAUAGUGAAGCAAUUGCCUAUGCUUUCUUUCAUCUUCAGCACUGGAAGCGAAUAGAAGGUGCUCUUAAUCUGUUACAGUGUACAUGGGAAGGCACUUUUAGAAUGAUUCCAUACCCAUUAGAGAAAGGCCAUCUAUUCUACCCUUAUCCCAGCUGCACAGAGACCGCUGAUAGAGAGCUAUUACCUACCUUUCAUCAUGUUUCUGUUUACCCAAAGAAGGAGCUUCCUUUUUUCAUCCAUUUCACAGCAGGACUGUGCUCUUCUACAGCAAUGAUAGCUCUUCUCACACACCAGUUUCCUGAAAUCAUGGGUGUUUUUGCUAAAGCUUUUUGCUCUGAGCCACUUGACUCUCCAGGAACGACAGUGAUGGGUGAAAACAAACACUACCAAAGACAGCUGAGGUUUUUGGCUCCACCUCCCUCAAGUCCUGAUUGCUGAGUCUGCAUAGAAGAGCCUGGGAGCCCACAACAGUAACCAGGAGAAGAGCAGUUCUGUUGCAUUGCAUGUUGUUCCUAGUUUAACCUAUCUGAACCUGAAAUACAAGCCAAGCUGGUAAUUUCCACUCUUUUGGGAGAAUACCAUAUCACCUGCCAGCAUCCCCAAGAAUUCCACCACAAAUAUCUGUAAUAGAUAGAAAAACAACGAUUUGCUGCUUUCUGCCAAUGGUUAGCCUUUGGUAGAGACUGCCUCUUUCCUUGCUUCCCCAACUCCACUUUAGAAUUUUCAAUGGCAGCAUGCUGGAUAAAGCCUUUCAGUCAUUCACGGUCUAGUCCCAACCUAUCUUUCUAC